GAAGAGGGCGAGGGCAAGGAGAUGCCCGGCGACGGUGAGGAAGGAGAGUCCCCAGGCUCCAGCCCCAGACACUGCAGGGACAGCGGAAGUGUGACGUCUCGCGAGGGGCUGUCCCCCAAGAUGUCCCCCCGCCACUCGCCGCGGGAGUCCCUCAACUCCUCGCCAGCGCCCUUCAUGUCCCCCCGCGCCACGCCCCCGACAAUGCGCCCGAUCGUGUCCUCGCCCUCCUUCAUGCGAGGAUCCGACAACGAGGCUGACAUUCUCGACUUCUCCCUCCGGCGCUCGCCCGCCCCCUCCAGGGAGGACCUCCUCAACCUCUCCGUCGGCUCCUCCAUGGCUGGCUCGCCGCCCCCCGGCUUCCACCGCCUGGGGGACUCGCCUCUGGAUUUGUCGGUGCCCCGAAAGCGUGCAGCAGAUGCCCUUCUGGAGGCUGCCCAGGGAAAGAUCCAUCACGACUUGGCUAAGAACCUUGGGGCCUGGGGCAUCCCCCUGCCCCCACACCUGGCUUCGGCCAUGGCCCUCAGACCUGACCUAGCGUCACUCAAGCCCGAUCUGGCUCUCUGGAAUGGCAAGCUUAAAGGGGACAGUACUUCCACAAAGCUUCCACCAUUCCCCAUGGGCGCCCUGCCUCCCACGCCCUCUGAGGCGUCUAGAGCUCUGGAGAGGAUGAGCGAGCUGAGCAAGCUCGGCGGCGACAGCGGACUAGACCUUUUCAGAGGCAACCUGAGCGGGAGCUCCGGCCGGGCCACCGCCUGGCAGAGUCACUGGCUCAGCAAGGGCCAGGACGCCACGAAGGACGUGCUCAAGUGUGUCUGGUGCAAGGCCUCCUUCAACACACUGGCAGAGCUCACGACUCACAUGAAAGAGGCUAAACACUGCGGGGUGAACCUCCCUCCGCCCAUCCCGCCCCCCUCUUCCAGCGCCUCGUCGGUCAACACCCACCUCCCGCCCCAGUAUACGCCCACCAAGAUGCCCUCGUCGAAGCCCCCCUCCUCCUCUUCCUCGGCUGCUUCCGGCUCCUCGUCCUCGAGCGACCUGAUGUCGAGCAUCAAGGAGACGAUGCCGCUGCCCCGCAAGCUGGUGCGCGGCCAGGACGUGUGGCUGGGCAAGGGCGCCGAGCAGACCCGCCAGAUCCUCAAGUGUAUGUGGUGCGGCCAGAGCUUCAAGUCUCUCGCGGAAAUGACACAGCACAUGCAGCAAACACAGCACUACACUAACAUAAUCUCUCAGGAGCAGAUCAUCUCAUGGAAAUCCCCCGAGGAGAAGUCCAGCAGUCAGAGCCACGUCAACGCGGUGCUCACCUGCAAGGUGUGUGACCAGGCAUUCUCAUCGCUCAAGGAACUCAGCAAUCACAUGGUGAAAAAUGCCCACUACAAGGAGCAUAUAAUGCGUUCAAUCACAGAGUCGGGGGCCCGGCGAAGGCAGAGCACACGCGAAAAGCGCAAGAAAUCCCUGCCUGUGCGCAAGCUGCUGGAACUGGAGCGCGCACAGCAGGAGCUGCGCACACAGUCGGACAGCGGGAGGUUUGGGAAGGACCAGCCUGGAUCCGGACGCAUCACGUGCGAAAAGUGCGGGGACAAAAUCGACACUUCACUGUUUGUGGACCACAUCCGGAACUGCGUCGGAGCCUCCAGCCGGGACCUGCUCAAGUCCGCACUCCUCUCCCCCGACAGCGACUAUAGUAACAAACUCGACUCCGCUCCGGAGACUGACAGCGAAGGCAAGAAGACGCCGGAGAAAACCCCUCGCGACAGCCCCAGGGAAAAAGACUUCGACAAGCCCAAGGGGCGCGGGGACUCCGAGUCGCCUUCGGUAUUAAAUGCGCUCGAAAAAUUGAUCGAAAAAAGUUUUGAUUCUGGCAAGGCAAAACCUGGAGCAGGACCUCUGGGAUCGAGCAUUCUCCGCCGGCUUGGCAUUGACGAGAGCGUCGACUAUUCCAAGCCGCUGAUGGACCCUCAGCUGGUCGGCAUGUACGCCACGUUCUCCCGCCUGCACGGAGGCCCGCCGCUCGGAGCCGGUGCUCCCUCUACCUUCAAUCUCCCACCUUCCUUCGGCUCCGGCGACAGAGGCGCGGGCGUGCGAGGCAUCGGCGACUCCAUGAUGAGCCCGAGCGCAGACUCUGAUACUCGUGACACAUUCCCGCGGUCACCCUCGCGGCCCGGGUCACGCCCUGGCUCGCGCCCCGCCUCCGCAGGAUCCAUAACUCGGGACGGCAGUGCAAGCGAGCGCUCCUUGGAGAUGCUGCGGCUCGACAGCAACCAGGCCGCCACGCCCGAGGAGCUGGCCCCCACGGAGAACGGCGCCGACCACUCUGACAACGAGCAGGAGAGCCUCUGCGGCCGGGAGGAGGUCAAGCAGGAGCCGGUCGAGACCAACGGCGAGAUCAGCGACCGCGAGUCCGUCUCCGCCAGGGAGGAGGUGAGAGUGAAGGAGGAAAUACGGGUGAAAGAGGAGUUCAAGUUAAAGGAGGAAGGGGAUGACGAGGAGGAUAACGAAUCUCCCGAGGCAGGUCGCGAGUCUCCUUCAGGCAGGCUCAUGGGAUCGCCAGCAGGCUGCAGCAGCAGGUCUGGUACACCCCACUCAGAGGCCAGCGUGGGGAGGUCUGGCUCUGGCCUCGGAGCCUCGGGGCUUGGAGGCCUCUCCGCCCUGCUCGGAGGCGGCGGCGAAGGCUCGUCCUCGCACCCUUUGGCGGCGCUGCAGAAGCUGUGCGACAAGACCGAGACGCAGCCGCGGCCUCCGCCAGUGAGCGGGGCGUCGACAGGGCCCCAGACGAACCCCGGGGCCAUCCUGGCUUUUUCCUGGGCAUGCAACGACGCCGUCACAGCCGACAGCAUUAUGAAGUGUGCAUUCUGUGACACGCCCUUCAUCAGCAAGGGCGCCUACCGACACCACCUGUCGAAGAUGCAUUUCGUGAAGGACGGCGCCAUGCCGGAGAACGCCGGGGGCAAGACGAACAACACGAAGCCGCCCUCGAGCGGGAGUAAGGCGGCCACGCCCCCCGCGCCUCCCGUGGACGACUCGCCUCACUCCAAGUUCCUCAAGUACACGGAGCUGGCCAAGCAGCUCUCCAGCAAGUAGUGUCGGCCGCCGCCCUGGGGUGGCCGCCCCUCCCCCCACUCCCCCACCCGCGCCGCCAAAGACCCCCGCCCCCGCCCGCCCGUGAACAGCGCGGCGUGGCUCGUGUGUACAGUGUAACUAUUUAUCCUUCGUGAGAGCUUGGUGGCCCCUUUAGUCUUGUGAUACCUGGCAGGCCGAGGCAGGGGCGGCCGGGGUCCUCUCAUAUCACCCGCCGCCCGGGACCGUCACUACCGGCGGGCGCUGCUCCCGUCCCCGCCCGCAGGAAAGACACGUGCCAACAAUCAAAACAACCCGCAGAGUACAAAGUGUGUGUUGUGGGCGGGCUGGGUUGUGGCCACGCCCGUAGUAGCGAGGGAGCCCGCGUCCACUGCUGGCCCUGGCACUCGAGGUGUCAGGGGCCUGCAGGCGGCUGCGGAGAGGGCGCGGCGCCCCCAUGCCCCGGUGCGCCCCCGCCUCACGCUGUGUAUCCUCACGCCCGAGACAAUAUGAUUGUCGCGGGCCGUCGCAAACUCUUAAUCGCUCACACUUGCUGUCACUUUUUCACAUAGUUAUUAAUAUAUAGACAUGAUAAGAUUAAGCUGACAAGGCAAUGAUCAAAUUGAUUGUUGAUAAUCAUUUGGAAAACAUCAGUGAUAUAUCAAUAUCAUCCUUUUUACAAUAUGCUGUCUUUGACUUGCUGAAAGUGAUCUCAAUGCUUUUUAUUCCUAGUGUAAAGAUACGCCAGACCAACAGACAGAUCGUUGAGGCUUGGUAUCCCCCCCCCACCCCGGCCUGCAGCCUCACGUGAGCAGCGUUGUCACUACCACCAUCACUAACCCGACCUCCCAGUACCUCCAAUCUGGCCUCGCCUCUCGCAACCUCCAGUGUGGCCUGUCACUAGCACUUGCACCGCCAGCAUGGCCUCCUAACACCACCAACAGCUUCACCUUGCUGCACCAGCCUGGCCCGCCACCACUACCACCAUUAUCACCACUACCACCACCACUUCCACUGCAAGGCCAUGCCACGCACACACCCUUCCCUCCCCACCCCCUCCCCGCUCCCUGUGACGUCUAAGACCAUAUAGAGAGACCCUUGAUAUCCCGAACUCCAGCCUAAGGCACUCGUAACCCCACCCCCCCACCCACCCCCUCUAAGUUCCAUCUUUCGCUAUACAGUAUUACCAAACGGAGUAGCUAGUUAAGUGUCACCCUUCCCCGCCACCUCGUAAGUAGACAGUAUUAGUCCACCUUAGAACUCUAGCUUCGUUUUCGCCCGUGAGUGUGCCGGGCCGACGUCGACGAAGCCGCGCCGGUUUCGCCGUCUGCUCGGCCGCCCCGCCCCCGCUCAGCCAGGGCGCCAGAUAAUUCACCCCUAAUGAGAUGCCGCCUAUCUCAAAUGAGUUUCACGAUUCGAGGCGCGAACCCGGCGCUCUCAAAGGCAAGCCAGCCAGAUAUGUUUCACAUCAAUCAUCUGCGAGUGCGGAUCGCGAGAGUCCAUCAUCCGCGCGGCUCAACUGCACACUCGAGCCCUCGACGGGGCGGCUGCGCUGCUCGCCGUGUGCGCGGGAAGCGCCGGCUGCCCCGUCAGCGUUUGACUGUCUCGCUGCGCACAGAGAGGGGGAGAAGAUA